AUGUCGCAAGCUGAAGUGAUGAUCAAGAAUAUGAAAGCUGCUCUUGGUGGUACAGAAUUACUCAUGCCACGGCGCUGGUUGCCAGAUAACAAACCACCUGAAAGUUCUGCAAAUCGUGCACUUGUUAAAGGUUUAGCUCGUGCUACUAAUAGUUACUUUAAUUUCAUUGCUCCACAUACAAAUGUAGAUAUCUAUGUUGCUGAACAACUUGCUCGUGCCUUACCCCCAAGCAUCACAAAUGUGUACGUUAAAUGGAAUACAAACCAACGUAUUCUUCAUAAAUUGCCCGAGCAUGCUCCACCCGUGUUUAUCGGAGAUUGGUUACUUUUCUAUGCUUUGCUCGAUGAGACAAUGCCAUUUGAUCAUUCAACAACGGUAGAAUUAUUUACUGAUAUACAACAGCAAUCCAUUGGUCUAGCUCGUAUAGACUAUGUGCCAUCAGUACAUGGUUCUCAACUUGUUAUGCAUUUAGUAGCAAAAGCAUUGCUUCGUGAACUUUUGGAUGAUCAGAAAACGAUAGACAAAGAACUUCUUAUUAAUAUUUCAAUCAGUUAUGGCAUUUUAUGUCCAUAG